AUGUGGUCCUCCAACACUAAUGCACCUUGCAUGGAUCAAAAAAAGUGCACAAAGCAUUUUCCUAAAAGAUUUAUUGACGAAACAAAGGUUGAUGAGGAAGGAUAUCCAGUUUAUAGAAGAAGAGAUAACGGAAUCUCGGUUGAGAAAAACGGAGUGCAUCUUGAUAAUAGGUUUGUUGUUCCUUAUAAUCCACAACUGCUUCGUAAGUAUCGUGCCCAUAUAAACGUUGAAUGGUGCAAUCAAUCCAGAUCGAUAAAGUAUUUGUUCAAGUACAUAAAUAAGGGUUACGAUAGAGUGACGGCUGCUGCUUAUCAAAACAGAAAUAGCAGCGAUGAUCCACAAAAGAUUGAUGAGAUUAAAAUGUAUUACGACUGCCGUUACAUAUCUGCUUGUGAGGCAGUGUGGAGGAUAUAUGGAUUUCCUAUUCACCAUCGAACCCCUGCUGUUGAGAGAUUGAGUUUCCAUCUACCUGGGGAGCAAAUGGUUGUCUACACUGACCAAUGGACGUGGAAGAUGUACUUGAUAGACCUAAUGUUAAUAAGACAAAGUUUUUAUCGUGGAUGGAAUGCAACCAAAAGUUCUGGUGAGAAAUACUAUCUAAGAACGCUCCUUAAUUUUGUCAAAGGUCCGACGUGCUACGAGGAUAUAAGAACUGUUGCUGGUUCAGUGUAUCCAACCUUCAAAGAAGCUUGCUAUGCAAGGGGGCUGCUUGAUGACGACAAGGAAUACAUAGACGCCAUAACAGAGGCAAGCUUUAGAGAAACGGGGCAUUAUCUAAGGAAUCUGUUUUGCAUGUUACUUAUGUCUGAUUUAACUCUAACUGAUGAACAAAUUCAAGCGUUUGCACUGGCAGAUAUUGAAGCUAAACUUCAAAGUAAUGGUAGUAGUCUUCGAAAAUUCAGUGAGAUGCCAUUUCCAGAUGAAUUAGUCGUGUUUGAAGGUCAAAUAAGCUAA